UAGUACGUUCUUGUUCAAGAUGAAUGGUGACAUACCAAGUGUCCCGAUAACCACACUGGCAGGCAUCGCAAGUCUCACUGACUUGUUGCCAGAGAUGCCUCUACCAUCACCCCUUCCACAGACUUUGAGCAACAAAUCAUUGCUGUUCCAUCCACGUGUGGCAGAGGAAGCGCAAAUACUCCUGAGUGUUAGAGACGAGGCUCUAGUACCACAACUAAUCCAGUCAUUGUCUCAGACUUCAUCAGAUCACAUAGAGCUGAAAGACCAUUAUGCAUGUUCAGAAACUCCACUUGACCAGCAACAAAAUAUUCCAGAGCUGCUGAGAGCAAUUCUUCAGAGGAAUCCGAAUGUUUUCAAGGGACCACGUGGUGGCAUUUCAAACACGGGAACAAAUGUCGCUGCAAAUGCAAAUGUGAAUACAAGUAAAAGUGGAAGUGGUAAUGUCGGUAUCCGUGCCAUUGCGAGUACCAGCACAAGUUCAGCUGUGACCACAAGCAUCGGGACUAAUGCAGCACUACCUCAAGCACUUUCAAGACGGAUGCCAGAUAGUGCACCUAUGUCAAGUAUACCGAGAACGCAGUCUACAAAUCUCUCAGGUUCUUCUCCUGCACAAGCAAGUGUAGCUCCCCCUGCCCCUGAAAAAGAUGAAUCAAGAUUACUUGGAGCAAAGGACAAGAAGGUGAACACACUAGCUCCUGCUCCUGCACCUGCUUCUGCUCCGUCAGAUACCAGACUGCCCGUAGUGCGACUAAAUAGGCUCUCAGAAGAGGACCAAGCUCUUAUGCAAAGAAGCUUAAGAGCAUUUGCAGAGAAGUCACCAACUCUUGCAAAGAAAUUAGGAGUCACUCCGAACAACAGACUUCGACAAAGAAACAUACAGCAUAUAGAGUCUGGAUCGGAAAGUGAUGAUGAGCCAAAAAAUAAAUCAAAAUAUUUCAAAGCAAGAGAGAAGGAAAGAGAAAUACAAAGGAGGAAAGAUAAAGAAGAAAGAAGGAAAGUUACUUCAUCAUAUGAUGAAGAUUAUUGUCCAGGUAAUGAGAAUUCAAAGAUUAAAGGCAGGAAACGCAACUGUGCAAACCAUAAAUCGGAAAAUGUCGACUCUAGUACAGUUAAUAAUUCUGAAGAGGUUCCAUUUACUCCAAAACCUAAACUGCGGAAGGUUGAGAGAAAGCUAGUGCCUGUGUUGGAAAAGUUGAGUGUUGAAGAGUUAAUGGAAACAAAUACCUACCAGAGAUUCAAUCGAUCAAUAGAACUGAUAUUUGAAAACACAGAAGAUCUAGAUUUAACCACAGAUUUUGAUACAGAGGCGGACACACCACCGGAAGUUCUUAUUCCUAAGUACCAGUUACAGGACCUGUGCAGUGAAGCAGCAAAGCUCAAGACUCUUGGGGCCAUGGAAUCGAUACCACCAGAACGUCUUGUUCGCAUGCUUACUAUUUUGGAAAAGAAUAUACGUGAUGGAACGAGAAUAUCACCACUUGCAGAUCCUGAUGAUGAUGAGGAUGAAAGCAAACUUUGGUUAGAGCUAACAAUGGAAAGUGUUAUGAGGGCUGUGGAUGCUUCACUAACUUCACUCAACAUACUUACGUCCCCAAAUAUGCCAAAGAGGAUAUAUUUAGAAGAUGUUAUUGACAGGAUAGUCUUGUUUACCAAAUAUCAGUUACAGAAUACUAUCUACCCAUCAUUUGAUCCUGUUUACAGAGUGGAGGGAAAGGCUAAAGAAAUUUAUGUUGGCAAUGCCAGGAAGAAACGUGCACAUGCAAAAGAAGUUCGUGAGAAAAGCAUUUUGACUUUAUACAACAAACUGAAUGAAAUUGUGGGACUGCUUGCAGAACUGCUUAAUAUUCAGGUCCUCACAGAUACAGCUGUAUUGCAUGCAUCAUCAUUGGGUGUGGCACCAUUCUUUGUGGAGAAUGUCAGUGAGCUUCAGCUAUCGGCUCUGAAGCUAGUGACAACAAUUUUUACCAAGUAUGAAAAACACCGGAGACUGUUGCUUGAUGACAUUUUGGCAUCAAUUGCUAGGCUACCAAGCAGUAAACGGAGCUUAAGGACAUAUCGACUCAAUUCAGAGGAACACAUACAGAUGUUGACUGCUUUAGUUCUGCAACUAAUUCAGUGUGUGGUAGUGCUUCCAGAACGUCUCCAGCAACCUGAAAAGAAAGAUAAAUUCAAAGAGGAAAAGAAAGAUGAAAAGAAAGACAAAGAAAAAGAGAAGGAGAAAGACAAGGAUCCAAAGGAAAAUGAGGAGGAAAACAAGGAGAAAAUAGUGAAUAUGGAUCGUGAUGUUCUCAUUGUGAGUAAAUAUGAAACUGCCAUGAGGACUGCAGCAAAUUUCCUUACUGUCUUCCUUAACAAAUGUGGAAAUAAAAGUGAAGAAAUUGACUACAGACCAUUGUUUGAAAAUUUUGUCCAGGAUCUGCUUACAACAGUCAACAAACCUGAGUGGCCAGCGACUGAGCUCCUUCUCAGCUUGUUAGGGAAACUACUUGUCACAAAUUUCAGCAAUAAAGGCAUAGAUAUGUCUCUCAGAGUUGCAUCAUUGGAUUAUCUUGGAGUGGUUGCAGCAAGGCUUAGAAAGGAUGCUGUAAUCUCACAGCUGAAAUUAAAUACAAUAGACCAGAUAAUUCAAGAGAUUAAAGCUGAAGAACAGAGAGAAAAUGAGGAUAAUUGCUCAGGAGAUAAGAAAAUCAAAACAGAAAAGAAUGGAACAGAGUUAGAUCCGGAGGAGGAAAGAACGCAGUUCCUGCAACGUGUUUUGCUUGACUAUUUGGCAGUUAAUGGCCAGAAUGACCAGGCACUGACAUAUGCAAGACACUUCUACUUAGCUCAGUGGUACAGAGAUGCUACUGCAGAAAAGAGUCGUCCAUCCACAGGAGCAAAAUUGUCUCCAAAUAAAAUGCUUACAAAAAAGAAGAAAACCAGGAAAAAAAGAAAAGGAGAAAGUAGUGAAGAAGACAGUCCAAGCAGCUCUGAUAUAGAAGAUGCAGAAGAUUCCAAAGUGGAUAAUGAAAGCAGUGAAAAGAAAGCACAGUUGUACAGAGUAAUUGAACUAAGAAAGCAGUUUCUCAUCAGCAAAAUAAGACCAUUUGAGGACAAUGUUGGUGUUGGAAAAAGAACUCAGGUUCUACAAACUUACAUUGACUAUGAAAGUGCAGAGCUCAUUUCUAGGUAUUUAGCAUCAAAGAGACCAUUUUCUCAAAGUUUUGAUGCCUAUCUCAAACAUAUUUUGUGUGUUCUCACAGAGAGUUCAAUAGCAAUUCGAACUAAAGCAAUGAAGUGUCUCACAAUGGUUGUAGAGGCUGAUCCAGCAGUUCUGGCUAGAAUGGAUAUGCAGUGUGGGGUUAGCCAUUCCUUCCUUGACCAUUCCACAUCUGUUAGAGAAGCUGCUGUAGAUCUAGUUGGAAAAUUUGUUUUGAGUCGGCCUGACCUUAUUGACAAAUAUUAUGACAUGCUUUCAGCAAGGAUAUUGGACACUGGAGUAAGUGUGAGAAAGCGAGUCAUAAAAAUUCUUAAAGAUAUUUGUAUGGAGUGUCCAGAUUUUCCAAAGAUACCAGAAAUCUGUGUUAAAAUGAUACGUAGGGUAAAUGAUGAAGAGGGUAUUAGAAAGCUUGUUAUGGAAGUGUUCCAAAACAUGUGGUUCACACCAGUUCGUGAGCGACCUUCAUUAGAUACUACAGCACUUUUGAGGAAAGUGAUGAAUAUUACUGAUGUUGUUGCUGCUUCACGAGAUAUGGGUCUGGAGUGGUUUGAACAACUUUUACUUAGUCUUUUUAAGCCAAAGGAGGACAAAGAUGACUCGACAAAGCCUCAUUCAGAACCUCCAAAGGCUUUGCUGACUGCCUGUAAACAGAUUGUAGAUUGUCUAAUUGAAAAUGUGUUAAGACUUGAAGAGACAAGUUUUGCUCCUGACAAUGAAGGUCGUGGUUCAUCUCAGCGGCUUGUUGCUUGCCUCACUACACUAUACCUCUUUGCAAAAAUACGCCCACAGCUUUUGAUAGAUCAUGCAACAACAUUGCAGCCUUAUCUCAGCGUUAAGUGCCAGACACAGGGAGACUAUCAGAUAAUAAGCAGUGUGGCUCGCACAUUAGAGUUAGUGGUUCCACUUAUAGAACAUCCGAGUGAAACAUUCCUUGCUCAGCUGGAAGAAGAUUCUGUAAAGCUUAUACUUCAACAUGACCGUGCUGUUGUUCAAUCAUGCUUGUCAUGUUUAGGUUCUGUUGUAAAUAAUGUCACCAGGAAUUUCAAACUGAUUCGUGACUGCUUCAAUAAAUAUUAUGGUCACCUUAAGGACUUCCAGCAGUAUUGUUUGCAUGAUCCUUCCAAUCCAUUACUUGUGAGAUGCCGUCCAUUUUUUCGAAGAGCUUUGUUCACAGUUGGACUACUGCUUAGGCAUUUUGAUUUUACAGAUAAAGAUGUUAUUCAAGGUUUGCCUGUAAAUGUUAAGGAUCAAGUGUUCGAGACACUGAUGUUCUUUGUAAAGCAACCGAAUGAAGAUAUUCAGAACUAUACUCUAAAAGCCAUUGGUUCAUUAUGUAUCCGUCACUAUGAAUUCAUGCUUGGUCCAGAACUGAAGGCUAUGUAUCAUCGCCUGUUGACUACAGAUGACUCACCACUAUUAAUGAGAACACAGGUUCUUAAUAACAUAGAAAUGUACUUGCAAGAAGAGGAAAGUCGAAUGAUAAAACAGGACCAAGAAUGGGCCAAGAUGUCAAAGCAAGAAAAUCUGAAGGAAAUGGGAGAUGUUUCAUCAGGGAUGGCAAGUACUGUGAUACAGUUGUACCUGAAAGAAAUCCUAGAAUCUUUUUUGCAUCCAGAUAUUGGUGUUCGCCAUGCUGCACUUAAGGUUAUCCAGUUGAUUCUUCAGCAGGGUCUUGUCCACCCUGUGCAGAUAGUACCUUAUUUGAUUUGCAUGAGCACAGAUGUGGAGAAAGUUGUUAGUCAUAGUGCUGACAAACAACUACAAGAUAUAGAAAAAAAGUAUCCUGGGUUUAUUCAUAUGAAAGCGCAGCUAGGAAUUCGCUUGUCAUACAAACUGCAAAAAAUUCUUCAAAAUAACAGUAUGGGUAUAGUAAGAGGCUUUCGUGCACGUGAAGGAGAAUAUCCCGGUGCUCUCAAUGGUUUUUUGUAUUCCAUAUUGCGAGGAACAAAGCAGCAGCGCAGAGCUCUUGUACUUUCUAUUCUGAAGCAGUUUGAUGAGCAGGUGAAAACAAGUCUUUCACAAAUGCUAUAUCUAUCUGACAAUUUGGCAUACUUUCCUUACCAAGUCCAAGAUGAGCCACUAUUCAUCAUUCAUCAUAUUGAUAUAAUGAUCUCUGUGUCGGGAACGAACCUUCUGCAGUCAUUCCGUGAGGCUCUCCUGCCAAAUAAUAAUGAACCUCAGGCCACAAAAGUGAACCCAGAAACAGGAAAUGCAGUUCCUGUUUACUAUGAAGAGGAGGAUGAUGAUGAAGAUGAAGACACACUUCUUAGUAGAGUUCCAGAGGAUACUACAGUUUUACAAGAGUGUGUAACUGCAUCUCAAGGUUGCCUGCUGCUGCUUGUUUUAAAACAGCACCUCAAAGACCUGUAUGGAAUCAGUGAUGCGAAAAUAACACAAUAUUCUCCAUCAGAGUCUGCAAAAGUAUAUGAAAAAACUGUCAAUCGCCGAACAGCGUCACAUUUUGAUCCUAAAAAUACACUUCAAAAAUUAAGACAAGGUUCACCACCACCAGUUCUUGAUGAAACAGCAAGAAGAGCUCUUAUUGAGCAGUACUUGGAUUUCAAGCAGAUGAUGUUGAAAUUCGAUCCUGAAGAUCCUGAUGAUGAUGAUGACCGUGUAACAACUUCAAAAUCAUCUUCAAAACCAGCAGAAGAUGCCAAAGAAAACAACGAAGAAAAUCGAACUGACCGUACGACACAACAGACUGAAACAGCACAGUCAGAAGUAAAGGAAACUCCACAGAGGGUACCAAAGUUAACCAUUGUACCUCCUAAACCACCAGAAUCUCGGCCACAUCGUGCUCACAAAGCACACAAAACAGAACGGCAUAAAAAACACAGGCACAAAAAGAAGAGACGGAAGAUUGCUGAUGAGGAUAGUGAUAAUGAAUACAGUGAUCCUGAUUUUCUUGUGUAAAAAAUAAAAAAAAAAUAAAAAAAAUUGUUGUGUACAGUGAUGACAGUUUUUUCUGAUAAUGUGUACGAGAUGUGUUAUCACAUCUGAACUUUUGCAAAACUUUUGAAGUGCAAUGAACGGACUGUUUCACUAAUUUAUUAUCAAGCACAAAUUCAUUUGAGGUAUCUUGGAAAGUGAAAAGUUAAUUUAUUUAAAAACUGGAAAUGUGUUUCUUUAAAAAAAAAAGGACUACAUAAAUAUCAGAGUAUGUUUUAUUAUUUUUUACUGAAAUUUUAUUUGACUUACCUUUUUCAAACAUGUGCACUACUAAAGACUGCACAGCAGCCGACUAUUCCAGAUGGUACAAAAAUCAUUGUGUUAAGCAAUAUGGUAGAUGAAAUGAAGAGUCAAAUUGUGGCUGUUGCUAUAUUCUGCAACAGCUGCCCUUAUAUUUUUAAUCAUGGGACCCUUCUUUCUAGGAAAGAAAGACCCUAUUUCAAAAGUAAGGUGUGUAUGUGAAAGUGUGUUCAUGUAUGCACGAGCAAGUGUACAUAUGCGUGCAUACAUGUAUAUGUGUGUAGUGUGUAUAUGUCUGUGUGUGUAUAUGGAUGUGUGGUGUGUAAAUAUAAAUAUAUAUAUAUAAAAGUAUAUAUAUAUAUAUUUAAAUCUAUAAAAGUGUAAAUUCUUCUACAAAAGCCAACUAUGGCUGUAAGUUUGUAAAGUAGCCAGGAAGUUUUUUUUUUUUUUAAUUACCUGGCAUAAAUUCUAUCAGAGCUUUCAUAGUGUGAUGUAUUUCUUUUUUCCCCACUUUUUGUUUUUUUUUAAAUCAUUGCUUGUAUUAUUUUUACUUGCGGUCAGUCGCUACUGGGUAAAUCCGUAUAUGUACAGUUCUAUAAUUUGAGAUGGAAAUGUUUUGUUGUCUGAUAUGAACAUGUACUAUCAAUAAUAUUCAUUUUGAAAAGUAUUAGCUAGUGAUUUUGAAACAAAAAUUUCAUGAAUUUAAUUUAUUAUUGAUAUUAGUUUCUUCCUUAGAAUGGCAUAAUAAAAUGAAUAGAACUCAUAUAUAUGCCCCCUUGUUAAUUUUUUUUAUUAUUAUUUUACUUGAAUGGGUUUGGCGUGUAGCACAGGCCUUAACCCGUUAUCCUAAACCUCUCAGUUCUUGGCGGCAAAGAUCAAAGACCAAGGUAAAUUCAUGUUUAGGCUGUUAAGAGAAUGUAAACCAAUUUGCCAGUAUGAUAUUACAGGACAAUUGUGGAUACUUAAUAUCAAGUUUUCCAUAAUACUUGCGUGCAGUUUUUAAACAUUUGAUUACCAUUUCAGAAUACUAUUUUUUGACAGGUGUGGUGUUACUGAACAUUCAAGAGACAAAGUCAAUGUGAAUUUAUGUAUUUUUAGAAAUUUUAAUUUACACACAUGCAGCCUAUGAAUAGCUGUUAUGGAAACAUCAGGCUUUUUGAUGAGGCAAAUUGCAGUUACUCAUUUACUGUACACACAGCAAAAUUUGGAGCCUCUGCCUUGUUUAGUUUACAAGUUUUAUAAGUUUGAGGACUUGAUACAUCAUAUUUUACUAGCAGGCAGGCCCUUUGUUUUCAUAGAGAACCUCAUAAUAUUUUUGUUACCUCCUUCAGAUGGUAUGAUCGUGUUUGUUAUUUCAGUAUGUUGUUCAUAUUAUAGUUAACAAAUUAUAGUUUUUAAUAUGCUGGUCACCCAUACUUUUCAUGUCACUGUUAUUGACUAAAAUGUUAAUUUCAACAACAGUGAUUCAUUAUUGUAUUUUACUGAUUAAAUCUUUUCAGUGAAGGUGUGUAGUGUUGGUCAUGCAGAAGCCAGAGAGUAAAAGAGUUUAUUGUGUUUUGAAGCUUAAAUAAACCAUAUUCUACACAAUAAAACAUUUGAUCAGUUGAUGACCUCAUAUGGACUACAUUUCAAGAAUGUAUUCAUUUUUAAUAAAAUGUGAGAUUUAUUAUAGUA